UCCCAUACCUCUUUACAAAAUCCAGCCCACCUCUCUCUCCCUCUCCCUCUCCCUCUCCCUCAUCCUCUCCCCCCGCCCACUGGAUCGAUCACCAGAGCCAACUCUUCGAGGACCCGAGCCUUCUCUUCCUCUCCAAUACAUAUAUGCACGCAAUUCGUGCACUUCCAUAGUUACUGAUACAGCAACGUUCUCAAAAGCAAGAAAGCUGAUCUGAAUCUCAAAUAUCAAGUAUAAGAAAAAGGAAAAUGCUUUCGACUCCUCCCAAAUCGUCUCUCCUGCUCCACAGAAUCAACGCCAACACCACAACCACCAAUACAGCGACACAGUGCCACAAGCGGUCUCCUCUGACCUGCGCCACCAAGGUGCCCGAAAACGUGGCACGCUUCCACACCCACGCGAUUGGGCCCGACCAGUGCUGCUCCACCGUGAUCCAGGAGAUCGCCGCCCCCGCUUCCACGGUGUGGCCCGUCGUCCGCCGUUUCGAUAACCCGCAGGCCUACAAGCACUUCGUCAAGAGCUGCAACCUCAUCGGCGGUGAUGGCGACGUCGGCACCCUCCGUGAAGUCCUCGUCAUAUCGGGCCUCCCCGCCGCCCGCAGCACCGAGCGCUUAGAGAUUCUGGACGAAGAACGUCACGUCAUCAGCUUCAGCGUCGUCGGCGGUGACCAUCGCCUCGCCAACUACCGGUCCGUCACCACUCUCCACCCCACACCAUCGGGUAACGGCACCGUCGUGAUCGAGUCAUACGUUGUCGACGUCCCGCCGGGGAACACCAAGGAAGAUACCUGCGUGUUCGUCGACACCAUCGUUCGCUGCAACCUCCAGUCGCUUGCCCAGAUUGCCGAAAACUUAGCCAGACGAAACAAGUCAUCGUCAUGAAAGUAACGUUUUUCCGACUAUAAAUAUAAUACUAUAUUCUCUUGUCAAUGUCGUCGAUCAUUCGCCGUCGUUUUUGUGAUUAUCCGUUGUGAGUGAUAGAGCAUAGCUAGUUCUCAUUCUCAUCUUCCAUAUAAUAUUUGUCUUUCUGUAAUACAAAUCAUCAAGAUUAUUGUGAUAUAAGUCUCCACCAGUCUUUGUUCCUUUCCUGUGUUUUUUAUUUAUAUAAUGCAGUCGAUGCAGCCAAACUUUCCUUUGUCA